AUGCUCAACGACCGUCUCCGAGUUCCUCCCUCCCAAGUGCAAUUCCUCACUUCGGCAGUAUUGUCUAUGAAUGCAUUGGUUUCAAUUGCAAUUGCCCCCGUCACAGGAUAUCUAGCGGAUAAGGUAUACUGGAAGAACAACCUCCUGAUCUCUUGCUGGGUGGUUAAUAUUCUGGGCACCGCUAUUACGGCGUGGUCUGCUACAUUAUCAACACUUCUCAUCGGACGACUUAUCCAAACAUUUGCGGGAUCGUUCAUCUGGAUCGCGGGCAUGGCCAUUCUCGGGGAUAGGGCUGGAUCAGACCACCUCGCCAAAGCAUUCAGCAUUGUGACUCUGUUCGCGUCUGCUGGUGCUCUCUCUGGUCCGGCGUUGUCUGGUGCCCUAUUCCAGUUUGCCUCGUAUUCAAUAACCUGGCUAUCUGCACUCUUAAUGCUCGCAGUCGGCAUCCUCAUCCAAUCGCUUGUCAUUGAACGAGUGACUGAGGUCGACCCAAAGCCAGCUGAUAAUAUAUAUGUUUAUACCGAAGCAGAGCCAGAGACGCAGAAUGAUACAGACUCUCUCCUUUCUUCUCGACCAGAAGGUCUAGACACCCACAGCUACCAAUCCAUCUCCACGCUCAGCAAGCAUCCACCCGUGCAACCCGCCUCCUCGGCUUCUAUAUAUUACUGGAUGAUACGCAAGAAGCGAGUAGCAACCGCACUUAUUGCAGAUAUUCUCUUCGCUAUAAUUAUCGGCAGCUUCGAGGCCACCAUCCCCUUACAUGUCAAAGGUGUCUUCCACUGGGAAAGUCUCGAGGCAGGGGGGAUGUUUCUCCUCUUGCAGGCGCCGUCAUUGAUUCUGGCUAUCCCUGCCGGGUGGCUCAAGGACCGCAUUGGAAUGCGUCUCCCUGCUACUGUGGGAUUUCUGCUUAUGGGUGCCUUUCUGUGGUUUCUGGGAGUACCUGGAAAUGGGAAUUUCGAGUGGGCGACUGACCCCCGAACCGGAGAGACGAUUUAUAUCGUUACGCUUAUAGGAAUUGGGAUUGCUAGGACACUCCUCCUUGGGUUUGGUGGUGUUGAAGUGUUAAAUGGCGCCAAUGAGCUUGCUACCGAACAACCUGGUAUUUUUGGCUCCGGCUCAGGGUACUCCCGUGCGUUUGCGAUGUCCAAUAUCAGUUGGAAAUUGGGCAUGUUCCUCGGUCCCUUGUUCUCCGGUGUAUUGACCGAGUCGGUUGGCUACUAUUUGAUGAAUGUUAUGCUUGGUCUGCCCUUAUCCCAUUCAACUCAGAUCAACCCACCCUUCUCACAAACCCUAAAGACAGACUAUACUUCUUCCCUUCCAAGGACCACCGUCCAUCAGACAGGCUACACUGAGCCUUCCGUCCUGUCCAUCCUCGCCGAAACCUCCGCAACGGCCCUAAUCUCGCUAAUCCGCUGCAACGACAGCGAGUACCUCCCCCUCCACAUGGCCCUCCUCAACGCAUGCCUCCAAUCCAAAACCUGCAACCGCUUCAUCCCCUCCGAAUGGGCCGGCAAUAUCGAAACGUUUCCUCAUCUCCCACGUUCCUACGUGUACACCCGGGCGCCCCUACGCGAUAUCCUCCAAGGAACAGCUGCACUCGAUUUGAAAUGGACCCUCGUCAACUUCGGCUGGUUCAUGGAGUACUUCCUACCGGAUGGAAAGUCGUAUAUGAAGCGUAUCCCUGGGGAGUUUCCGAUUGAUCCGGUUGCUUGGACUUAUACUGUGCGUGGGACUGGCGAUGAGCUUCAGGGGUGGACUUGUGGGAGGGAUGUUGCGAGGGCUGUUGUGGCGUUGCUGGAUACUGAUGGAGAUUGGGAGCCCGAGAUAUACAUCACCGGCGAAUGGGGCACGUUCAACGAGGCCGCCAAGCUACUGGAGAAGGUUUAUGAUUGCCCAUUCAAACGAAGCCACCGCACCCUGAAAGAUAUCGCCGCUGCGAUGGCAGAAUACGAAACUAACCCCGGGCCUCACACCGGCAUUGCUGAGUUGGAGGAGUGGACUGUCAGUGGUGCGACGGCGUGUCCCAGGGAGACUACCCUGCGUCAGCGAGCGAAGUAUUUCUCCGGGAUUCGGUUUCUGGCGGUUGAGGAGAUGUUGAGGAUGGCUGGGGAGGAUGGCCAUGUUUAG